UUAGUUCCUCACCAGACACCAGAAUGUUGUGGCUCAGACAUAGAAGCUGCGAUAAGCUUGUUGGGAGGUUUCUUGGCACCGGAUCCGUAAUCAGAUCUCCCAAUUGGCAUAAAUGGUGACACCAGUAAAAAAAAGAAAAUCCUUUUGGGAAACAAAAGUUUAGAUGUUUUUAUAUAUAACUUAAACGUUAGAGUCGGAGGACAGCUCCUCAGCCUCUGUGUUUUUGAAACAAAAUGAUCAAAAAUUGGGGCGUCAUCGGGGGGAUUGCAGCUGCUGUUGCAGCUGGAGUUUAUGUCUUGUGGGGCCCGAUUACAGUGAAAAAGAAGAGAAAGAAAGGCAUGUCUCCGGGUCUGCUGAAUCUGGGAAACACCUGCUUUUUGAACGCUUUGCUCCAAGGCCUGGCAGCGUGUCCGUCCUUCGUCAGGUGGCUGGAGAAAUUUUCAGGUUUGCCUAGCAUUCAAUCAUGCAAAGACAACCAGCUGUCGACAACGCUGCUGCAGCUACUCAAAGCUCUGAGUAGCGAUGAACCUGGAGAAGAUGUUCUUGACGCUGGUUGCCUCCUUGAUGUACUCAGACUGUAUCGCUGGCACAUCAGUUCUUUUGAAGAGCAGGAUGCUCAUGAGCUUUUUCAUGUCAUCACAUCCUCUCUGGAGGAGGAGCGAGAUCGUCAACCUAAGGUCACACAUUUGUUUGAUGUGCAGUUUCUUGAGAGUUUUCCUAAUCAAGAUGACAAAGCUCUUACCUGCAUAAGCAGAGCCCCCCUUCACCCUUUACCAGGAUCUUGGAAGUUUCAACAUCCUUUUCAUGGCCGGUUAACCAGCAACAUGUCAUGCAAGCGCUGUGAAACGCAAAGUCCAGUGCGGUACGACUCAUUUGAAAGCCUUUCUUUGUCCAUCCUGUUACCUCAGUGGGGUCGCCCAAUCUCACUAGAUCAGUGUCUGCAGCACUUUAUUUCCUCAGAAACCAUCAAAGAAGUGGAAUGUGAAAACUGCACAAAGCUUCAGCAACAUUCAUCGAUAAACGGGCAACUUCUAGAAAGCCAGAGGACGACAUUUGUUAAACAGCUGAGACUAGGAAAGCUCCCUCAGUGCCUUUGCAUCCAUUUACAAAGACUGAUGUGGUCCAAUGAAGGGUCUCCCAUCAAGCGACAGGAGCACGUGCAGUUCUCAGAGUAUCUAUCAAUGGAUCGUUACAAACACGACAGCUCCACACUGAGGACGCAGAGGGUCAGAUGUGCUCCUAAAACCAUCAAAGCGGAAAGUUUUGAUUCCAUAGAAAAGUCCAUGGCUAAUGGGACAGAACAUCAUAACAACAACAAACCUUUUUUGAAUGGAACCUGUUCUUCUAUGUUUCUUGGUUCUGGGGUUAAAAAUCCAUUUGGCCUCACUCAUCACGACAACAGUUCUGCAGAGUACCUUUUCCAGCUGGUGGCUGUUCUGGUUCAUCUCGGCGACAUGCACUCGGGACACUUUGUCACGUAUCGCCGCAGCCCCUCCUCCUCUCGCAGCUCUUCAAACUUCAGCUCCCAGUGGCUUUGGGUGUCGGACGACUCGGUGCGUAAAGCCAGCCUGCAGGAGGCGCUGUCCUCCAACGCUUACAUGCUCUUCUAUGAGAGAGUUCAAAAGCCCGCACUAGGCCAACAGUUGGAGGAAUGACCACAACCGCUGAGCUCGGAGCAGUUACGGUCAUGGGGAAAAAAAACAACUAUCUGCUGGUUGUGAGACUAACUGACUGAGCAGAAAAAAAGCCAUCCUGGACUUUUAGGUGGUUUUGAAGAUCGCAGUUUUUUGUGGUUGGAUAUGCGGCGUUUCUGAUCACAGCAGAAAGCUUUGAGCUCCAAAGAUGAAGAACCUGCAGGAUUUUAUUUGUACCAUACAAACUACUUUCAGUAUAUUGGAUACAGGUGGAGGAGGUCUGUUUAAGAUUUUGGUUUUUGCCUGUAAGUUUUAAUCUCAAAAGCUGCUAAUGGAUGUUUUUUCAAAAGUAAAACAACCUUUUACUGAAGAUUUCCACAGUCGUCUUAACAUUCCAAGAAGUGAUUGUAGACUACAUUUUAAGAAAAAAGGUUGAGUGGCAGUUUUAAAGUGCCAUGUUGUCGUCAAUGCUUGAGAUUUUUAACCCCAGUAAAAAGCCUUUCUUAAAAAGUAGGUUCUAGCUUUUCAGACUCGUAGUGGAGGUUAAAAAUUAUGCAUAAAUACCCUUAAACUAUGGUCCCACAGUUUCCCACAUGUUUUUGAAUUCUGAGGAACCACUAAAUGCUGAACCAACAAUCAAGAGUCCGAUGCCUGCAGUUUGCACAUGUAUUUUUAUGUAAUAUUUCAUGUCUUUGCGUGGUGUUUGAAGAUUGUUUUCAGGUAUAAAAUAAAUAAAGCUGCUUAACUUUA